CAACUCAUUCCAUUCAUUGUUUCAGUUCCACCAUGAAGCAUCACAUUCUGUUGCUUGGACUUCUAAUAGUAGCAUACUUUACUGGUUCUCAAGCUGAAAAUUCCUUCUCACAGUACUGGGAAGAACAUAUUGGUCUUCCACACCCUCCACAUUGGUUAACUGCAAAGGUUUCUCCAUUAAGCCUCCAUCAAGCAAAAAUGUUUAUGAAACUUAUGGAGGAAAAUGAUUUGGCUUCUCACCUUCAAUCAUUUUGUAAGCUGGCUAAUAUUGCUUGUUCUACAAAUGCACUCAUAAAGAAGACAAUAGAUGACACAACUUUACCACCAAUUGCUCAGUGGAAUGAAGCCAAACUGAAAUAUGAAUAUCCAAAUGAAACACCCUUAUCAGUUGCAAGGCAAGGGGGAUUACCAUAUUUCCAGGAGUCAAUGGUGAAAGAGGGAGGUUUCAUCUCUGUCCCUGAUUUAAGAGACCCAUUGUCAAAUAAAUCAUUUUUGCCACGCUCUCUGGUAUCAAAAAUCUCAUUUUCUUUUACACGGAUUGAGGAAUUGAAGAAGCUUUUCGGUGUGGUGGAUGAAUCAAACAUGGAUGAGUAUAUUCAAGACACCCUCAAGAUAUGUGAGCAAAGCACUUGUGCGACUUCCGGCGAGGAUCUCAUCGAUUUUGUUGUUGAGAAAUUAGGGCAUCAUGUACGCGCAUGGAGUACUGAGAGCAUCGAAGGAUCUUAUAUGAAUGUCAAAAUUGGUGUUGUGAAACUUAUCCAUGGAAACCUCUCUGAGCCACCAGCCUUGUGUCAUAGUCUACCAUUUCCAUUUCAAGUCUACUAUUGCCAUGUUUUACAGAAAGUAAAAGUAUAUGCAGUUGAUAUACAUACUCAGAAGAAAGUGAAUCAUGCAAUCAUGGCAUGUCACUAUGAUACAUCAACUUGGAAUCCAAACCAUCUUGCUUUUAAGCUGUUGGGUUUUGGCCCAGGCCUAAUUGAAGUCUGCCAUUGGAUAAACCAAAAUGGAGUGAUCUGGACUCGAGGUUGAAUAGUAUAUGAAGAUUUGAUUAUCUUCCAGUUCUCUUGUUUGUGUUACAUGUUACUGUUUAUGCUAUUUGAAGGAUAAAUAAUGACCUAUUUUUUAUUACUUAUUA